GCAUUAAGAACAGAUUUACUAAGUCGGGUACAGUGUUUCUUUGGCUCCUCGCAAAUGAUGCCUUAUUUAAAUGGCACGAUGGAACGUGACUUUGUGAAGACAUUCCAGUAUGUGAUCCACAUCCCAACAUUCAUCCUGGGCCUGGCCAUCAAUUCAGUGGCGCUUUCGAUACUCUACUUCAGAUUGAAGAAUUGGACAGAGUCUACGAUCUACAUGACCAACCUGAUAUUGUCCGACCUGCUUCUGCUUUGCUCGCUGCCUUUCAAAAUGCACGCCUUCCAGAAAGGAGAAGAUUGGCAUCUCCAUCCCAGCUUCUGUGACUUCGUGGAGUCCCUGUAUUUCGUCAACACCUACGCGACCAUCCUGUUAAUCACGCUGAUCUCUCUGGAUCGUUACAUCGCUAUCAGGCAUCCCAUUCUGGCAAGAACCCUCCGGUCUCCAAAGAAAGCUGCCGUCGCCUGCGUCAUUGUGUGGCUCUGUGUCUGGUCUGCAAGUAUUCCCAAUUACUCCCAGACAAAAACUCAGCAGUGCUUUUCGAAUUUUACUACAUUUUGGGACCGUGGUAUAAUUCCCCUGAUCAUGCUUGCUAUAUUUUUGAUUGCUGCCUUUGCUGUGAUUUUCUGCAGUAUUACGAUAAUAAGAACAUUGCAAAGAGUGGUUGAAGAAAGAGAAAUAGACAUGAGCACAUCUAUGAAAAUAAUCUCUUGUAACCUGGUAACUUUUCUUCUCUGCUUUACCCCAUGUCACGUUGCCAUGCUACUGUACCUUAUGGUCAGGAAUAAUUACAUACCAGACGAUUACCAUGCACCGCUGCGUGUGUUUCUCCAGACCUCUCAGGUUCUAGCAACAACUAACUGUUGUCUGGAUGCCAUGUAUUACUAUUUGAUCAUUAUGGAAUACUGGAAAUCAAAAAUGACAAAUGCUUGAUUGCCUGCUUGCCUUCAUUACGUGAUCAAUAAUGGACCAUCAGCCUGAAGAAGGGUGCCGACCCAAAGUGUCACCUUUUCCUUUUCUCCACAGAUGCCGCCUGACGCGUUGAGUUACUCCAGCUUUUUGUGUCUAUCUUCAAUGGAUACGGAAAGUUCUCUUCCGAUUUUAUUUUGACAUACGGUCUCCGGUCACCAUUUUGACAACGCUGACAGGCUAAAAUGGGGAGGGAAUUACAUUGUGUGAUAUUUGUAAAAUCAAAGUCCAUCUUAUUAGCUUGUAUAUUUCCAACACAUAAACUGUUAGUAUAAUGAAUACAUUUUUUAAAUUAACUCAACAUAAUGUAGUUAUGUGUGCUUGACCUGCUUGGUUAGAUUGGUAGCAUUUAUGUGAUUGUAAAUUAAUAUGCUGAUGUUGAUAGAUCUUGUCAGGGAUUAUUCUUAUUAGUAAAUGUCAGCAUUCACUAAUUAUCUAUUUGAUUCGUUAGUUUAGUUUAUAAAUACAGCACCGAAACAGGCCCUUCGGCCCACAGAGUCCGCGCUGACCAGCGAUCACCCAUACACUAGCUCUAUCCUACACACU